CCCAGAUAAUCUGUCAGAAUGGCGGGCAACGCUGGUUACGACCGGCACAUCACCAUCUUCUCGGAACAAGGGAGAUUGUUUCAAGUCGGUACGUCCGAAAGCGAUGGGCUAGCGAUACUGAGCAGGCGACAUGCCGGCGUUUGCCUUGCCUGGUCAGCCAAGCUUGCUCAAGACCGAUUAUGCUAAUAGCCUGGGCUUGUCGCAGAAUAUGCAUUCAAGGCGAUUACAGCUGCGAACAUCAUGUCGAUUGGCGUUCGGGGCAAGGACUGUGCCGUGGUUCUGUCUCAGAAGAAGGUGCCGGAUAAACUUAUCGAUCCCUCCUCAGUCACCCACAUCUUCCAGAUCUCACCGUCAGUUGGCUGUGUCAUGACAGGGUCAAUCGCCGAUGCGCGGGCCUUUUCGCAGCGAGCCCAGUCCGAAGCCGCCGAUUUCAAAUACAAGUUUGGUUACGAGAUGCCGUGCGAUGCCCUGGCAAAGAGGCUCGCGAAUAUCAGUCAAGUGUAUACCCAGCGGGCCUACAUGCGUCCAUACGGUGUCGCAGCGACACUGAUAUCACUCGAUUCUGAAUUCGGGCCUCAACUGUUCAAAUGCGACCCAGCCGGCUACUAUAUCGGAUAUAAGGGCACCGCCGCAGGCCCUAAGCAGCAAGAGGCGCUCAACCAUCUCGAGAAAAAGCUGAAGAACAAGGACUGCGCGCCCGGUGAUUGGAAGGACGUCGUCGAACUGGCCAUCACAACCCUGAGUUCGGUUCUCAGCAUGGACUUCAAGAAGACCGAAAUCGAGAUUGGCAUCGUGGGAGGCCCGCGGCCCGAUGGCAAGGAAGGGACGUACCCGGGCUUCAGGACGCUGACCGAGGACGAGAUCGACGAGAGAUUACAGGCCAUCGCAGAAAAGGACUGAGACACCGAAAAGGAGAGCCUCUUCGAUGGAUAGCUGUACUGGCCGGCGCGACCGACCAGCCGUAUCACCAGCCGCGCUCGUCUUCGGGCCGUUGAAGUCAAUGAGGACGGCUAGAGGGCUGGGAUACCACGUUUCGUGAGCUUAAUAAGCCUGCAUAAGACGUUGCUUGCCUGUCAAUAUCCAUUCUCCUCCCGCCAUAGAGUCAACGUGCAGCAUGCAGGACAGGGUCUGUAAAUAGACCACACCCAAUGACAGUGAAACCAGUUCUUCAGACAGCUGCUUGGCUACAGGCAGAUUUGGGACGGUGAUGGGGAUCUGCGCGCCAAAUCAGUCUUUGCCUCUCAAAACGAAACCCUGAGACCAAGGUAGUUAUGACCGGAGAGGACGAUGUCUGCUUACAGGUUUACCUACUCACCACUCAGCUUGGGGACAGAUCAGUAGCAGCAACAGUGAGAUAUCACCAUCGGCGG